AUGCAAUCCAGCCUUCCACACUCAGUUCAUCCCUUCCAUCUUUCCAUCACAAAGCACUGUAUCACCUACCUCGAUCUCCCUGCUUCCUCUCUCUCAUUGUAUAACCUCUCCAACAACAUCACACAUCCACUUCCUCUCAUUCACCUAUCUUCAUCCUCUCCAUCACCAUUUUUGAACAACAUAAACCGUUCUUUUCCAACAAUACUCCGUUCAAUCCGCCAUAUCCAUACCGUUCCACCACCUCCAAGUCUCAUUCGAAGCUCUACCCUUCAUCAUCAUCCACCGGCCUCAACUUCUUCCGGUAACUCAGCUCAGUCGUUCACCGCGUUCAAACCACUGGAUCUCCCUUCGUUAGCGUUACUUCUGUCGGAACAACACAGAGCUCCGUUUCACCUCACCAGUUCGACAACUACCGCAACAGUCUCUACCAUCUUGCCAUCAUCGACUCUCUUUACGUUAGCUUCAUCAUCACUGCUUCGAAAGUUUCGGGUUUUAAUUGUGAGUGAGUUUCUUGAUUGUGAUAACUUGUAUUGGUUUUGUUUGGUGUUAUCGUUGUAUUCGUUUGAGAUCCGUAGGUUGAAAUUAUGA